GUUCCCAACCCCCAUGUCUGCUACCCUCCGCCCGACACCCACAGAUGGGUUUCCCACCGAAACAUCUCGAGUCCAGCACGAGACCGAAGAGAUCCUCGCUAAGCAUCUCUUCGGCCCCGCCACCCUGAAUAAGAACGCACAUAUGCAGUUCCUUGCGCGCAACCUCGUCCAGGGCUUCCCUGCGCGCUACGUCUCCCAGGAUGCGAGCCAGCCGUGGCUCAUGUUCUGGACCUUUCAAGCGUUCAGCGUACUCCAAGUCGGCCUCGACCCGGGUAACCGCCAGCGCGCGAUCGACACGAUCUUGGCGUGGCAGCACCCCGAUGGCGGCUUUGGCGGCGGGCCAGGGCAGAACGCGCACCUGAUACCAACUUACGCGUCAGUGUGCGCGCUGGCGAUUGCUGGGAGGCCUGGUCCGGGAGGUGGAUGGGACGACAUUGAUCGAAAGAAGAUGUACGAUUUCUUCAUGUCGCUGAAGCAGCCAGAUGGCUCGUUCCUCGUAAGUCGGAACGCCGAAGUGGAUGUGAGAGGAAUAUACUGCCUGAUCGUCACGGCCAUACUCCUCGAUAUCUGCACGCCCGAACUCGUCGAAGGAACCGCAUCCUUUGUCGCGUCAUGCCAGACAUACGAGGGCGGAUUCUCCUCUGCCUCCCAACCAUACUUCGCUCCAGGGGCCGACGGCAACCCAACCCUCCUCCCAUCCCCACGACCUCAACUCGGCGAAGCCCACGGUGGGUAUACCUAUUGUUCGCUGGCAGCAUGGACCAUGCUCCAGCCAUUCAUCGCUCGUAUGCCGGAGCCCAAGCCGUCCAUCAACCUCAAAGCAUUGCUGCGGUGGUGCACGCACAUGCAGGGUACGGAGAUAGAGCUCGGCGGCUUCAAAGGAAGAACAAACAAGCUUGUAGACGGGUGCUACUCGUGGUGGGUAGGAGGAUGCUUUGCGCUGCUCCAGUCUCUGGGCCUCAGCCGACCAUCGCACCCACCGCACGAAGCAGCUGCGAGCGACGCGCCACCAGCAGACGACGGUAAUUGGGACGAUGUCGAUGACUCCCUAUUCAACCGCAAAGCACUGCAGGAAUACAUUCUCUACGCCGGUCAGCACCCCAGCGGCGGUCUGCGAGAUAAGCCUCCAAAGGGUGCUGACGCGUAUCAUACCCUUUACUGCCUGGCCGGACUCUCCGCCGCCCAGCAUCCCAUGAUACCCUCGCCAUUUCGGCGCGACGAACUCGCCGGUGCAUGGACCGAUUCGGAGAUGCCAACGAACGAUCUUCGAAAGUCCCUCUUCCUCGACAUGCUGUGCUACGCAGAGGAAGAGGGCGCGUCGAAGGUCGUAGGCGGGCCCUCAAACCGUGUCAAUGCCACCCAUCCCGUCUUCAACCUAACCAUGACCCACGCGGAAGGAAUGAUGGCGCACUUCUACAAGCAGCAGGUGCCGCCGCGAAAGCCUGCCGCUGUAGCCAAAUGAGCCAGGCUCUGCAGCCAAAUGAGCGUGCUAUAUGUGCGGAUAUCGCAAAUGUACACUUAUUCACUGUACUAUCAACAUCAAUGCUAUGUACGAACAAUGGAAGACCAUGUACUGCUGACGACGCAAGCCAAUAUACCCUAAGGAUGGAAGCUAUGUUACUGUAAACCAAAUCGUGGAUCAAACCAAGGUAUAACUGCUAGCUGCUGUGAGCCAUCAAGUCCGGGCGCC